CGUUGGUAUCCCACCCCUUGCCUCGCUGUCCGUCAGCUGUUCUUCACGCUGCGACUCCGUACUCAUUGCUGCAGUCAGCUCAUGAAGCACGGCGUUGGCCCCCACCAACUCUCAUUCAUCACUAUUCCGGCGGGUUGAUACUCAUGGGCCCGAAGUCGCGUCUUUCUUCUCAUUAUUUACUCCAAAACUUUGAACCAGAUCUACAUUGUUCAGCAGCAUCAAAGAAGCGGAAGGCUUCAUGCGUCAUAUCAUAAGUCAGCAUGGAUUCUGCUAUCGCUAGAGAAAGAGUGCGCUCAUUUGUUACCCGUCCUCCGUUCGCGGCCUCGCCGACCACCCCACCGGGGACCAACACGCCUCAGAAAACCCCUCAAGCAUCACUAGAGCUUAGCACUCGGCCACCUUCCGUCGCCAUCGAAGACUUCCGGGCCGAAACAAGCGAAUCGGGUGAGCGUCUAUCGAGUCAUUGCCGGUGCGAACCCUGGGUACAGCUUCUUGUGGGACAUCUCGUUCUGUUCAAUUCUUUCGGACUCAUCCAAUCGUUCAGUAUUUUCCAGCCACAGUACGCGGUACUGUUCGGCGCCUCACCUUCGGCAGUAGCCUGGAUCGGGAGCAUCCAUGUGUUCCUCGUAUAUUUCAUUGGCACAUUCUCCGGAAAAGCACUCGACGCAGGAUACUACACGCAUUGCCUGGGAAUAGGACUUAUGAUACAGCUCGUUGGCAUCAUUGGCGCUGUUUCCUGCGAUAAUUAUGCGCUGUCUUUCAUCUUCCAUGGGGUCUUCCAGGGCAUCGGACACGGAUUGAUGUUUUGCCCAAUUGUCACAAAUACGGCGCUGUAUUUCUGGAGACGGAGCGACGGCGGAACGGCAGAAGACCCCGAUCACGAAGGUUCUCUCAACAUCAGAACCGCGACAGCCAUGUCUCUUGCUGCUUGCGGGGGCGGUACCGGCGGAAUUGUUUUUCCACUCAUUGCCCGAGCUACGCUGAACAGGUACGGUAUCCCUUGGACGCUACGGAUAAUUGGGCUCGUUGUCCUCGCCAACUCUGUAUUGAUAUUUGCUUUGGCAAAAGAGAAGCCCCGGGACGAGCCGGAAACCAGGGUUAAGAGUCGGAUUGUGGAAUGGAGAGCGUUCAAGGAGGGAGCCUAUGCGCUCUACGUCAUCGCCAUGUUCCUUGCUUUCGUGGGACUGUGGGUUCCUUAUUUCUAUGUCAGAGAUUUCAACGCAAAUGCCUUGCAUAUCUCGCCUCCGACGUCCCUUCUCAUCCUCAUCACACUCAACGCCUCCGGCAUUCCCGGUCGCCUCAUUCCUGCCCUCCUUUCCGACCACGUGCUCGGCGCCAUCAACACAUACAUCCUCGUCCUGCUCACCACAUCCACCACUUUGCUUCUCUGGCCCUUCGUGUCCUCCACCGUCGGUAUGUUCGUGUGGGCCGCUGCAUAUGGCUUCUGCGCCGGCGGCGUUGCCUCGCUCAUGCAAGCCGGCAUCGCUUCGCUGAACACGGAGCCUCAGAAGACUGGCGUUAAGAUCGGUAUGGCGUUUUCGAUUGUGGCAUUCGCGAGUCUGGUCGGUGGACCGCUGGGAGGGGAGCUGAUUAAGGCUGGAGAGAAGAGGGGGGAUGGUAGGGAGAAGUAUUUGUGGUUGCAGGUGUUUGUGGGUGGGAUUAUGUUGUUGGGGUGUGCGGUGCUGGUUGGGGCGAGGGUGCUGAAGACGGGUUGGAAGAUGGGCGUGAGGGUGUAGAGGGCCUAACGAAGGAUGAAUGGUGGGUUCGGUUUC